UUUUUUAUGUUUACUUUGCCAUGGCCCAUGUUUGCAAUGGUUGGGUGUGCAGACACCGAGUGACCAUGUUUUUUUGCAAACAGUGAUGUUUUUCUAACCAGCAUUCCCAUUCAUGCAAUAAUCCACGUAAUUCACGCAUAAAAAGUCACUUAGCAGGUUUUAAAAUUCCACGAGUACAAUGCAGGCGUAAAUAAUCAGACAAAAAAUACAAUGUUCGUGCAUAAAGAGCCAAAAUUCAAGUAACCAGACAUUAUUUUUUAUCCGCACACGCAAAUUACCGCAUUACACACUGUUGACAAAUUGCUAUGUGUCAAGACGACUUGAAUUUACAUGCCAAUAGCAUAAUUUAAGCUCCGCCUACUCCAUGUACUUGCGAGAUUUUCGCGAGAACUGUGACAGCGAAUCAAAUUAUUCAUAAAACUAGACGCAAUAGUAUUCAGCCAAUCAACGAUGCUUGUACAUCUUUGACACUUUCCGAUAAUUGUCAACAUAUGCAACGUUUUUGGACGUUUUUUCAACAAGUUGUUGAAUAAUUAAGUGGUCAGCUGGCAUCUACUACACAAUUAUUUGGUCUCCAUUGUAAAAGAAAGACUCAGCUUCAAAUCCUACAUAGAGAACACAGAUGAGAUAGAUGGUUACAAUGUUGAACAGGUAGAAGAAUCUGCUUCAGAAUUCUUUGACAUGGAGCUUCAACCAAAUCUGCAACCAGGAGAGCGUGUGAUAGGGGAGGCAGAUAGUGUGUUGAAAUUUGUGCCGUACUCCGAUGGGAAACAGGGGAUGUCAGGCAAACUUUGUGCAACAAACUUUAAACUGUCAUUCGUCACUGCUGAUAGAUCAUCAUAUGAUUCGAAAGGAAAACGGCAAAGAAAUAAGUUACUAGAUGAGGAUGACAUUCCAUUGACAUAUAUAGAUGCUAUUUACCAUGUGACUAGAAGUGGCAAGAGAAAAAAAUUGUCUCAGGGAACGACAACUUCAUCUAGAACUGAAAUACUUGAAAUUCAUUGUAAGGAUUUUCGAAUACACAAAUUUAGUUUCAAGUUUUGCGUCAAUAAGACACAGAGCAAACAGUUUAUAAAUGUUCUCGUUCAUCAUGCUUUCCCGACAAAAGACAGUCUGCUGUUUUCACAUGAAUAUGCCAGAAAUACGGAGUUGACAGGUCGGCAGUUACUAUGUGAAGUUCCAAUGUUUGACAAUAUACAUGAUUGGGAGGAGGAAAUCCAGCGAUGUAAAUGUAUGAAGAAUUGGAGAGUUGCAGACGUCAAUAUAUCCUUUGAGAUGUCUCAGAGUCUACCUCAGUACUUUGUUGUACCAAGUGCCUUAAUGAAUGCUGAUUUACAGAGGGCGGCCCCACAAUUCAAGGACAGGAGAAUUCCUACAUGGUGUUAUACCCAUAUCAAUGGUAAUGGUUUAGUGAGGAUGUCUGCUCAGGAUGAUAACAGUGAUCAAACACAGCUACAGAAAAGUCGUGACUCCAGGAUGCUUGAUGCUGUGAAGGUAGCCGGAAACCAGCGGAACUCUCCAAAGGUGAUAGAUAUGGCAGAAUGUUGCCCGUCAUGCCGAGAGGUUCAGGAAAGUUUUGCAAAACUGAAGAAACUUUGUAUGUCAGACACAGAGCGAGAGUUUUAUGUGCAAGAUUUGACCUGGUAUUCUAGUCUAGAUGACACAAAAUGGCUGCAGAUGGUCUCAAAGUGCCUCUCUGCCUCACACAAUGUUGCUGAUUAUAUAGUUACUAAUAAAAGAACUGUUGUGAUACAAGAGCAAAGUGGCUGUGAUCUGUCGUGUUUAGUUUCAAGUGUUGUGCAGAUUUUGUUAGAUCCAUACUACCGUACGCAGCUAGGUUUUGAAGCUCUCAUACAGAAAGAAUGGGUACGGAUGGGGCAUCCAUUUCAGAGAAAUCUUGGUCUUGUAGGACAGAAUGAGUCUGAACUGGAGCAGGUUCCUAUUUUUCUGUUGUAUUUGGAUUGUGUUUGGCAAUUGCUGCAACAGUUCCCGUCCAGUUUUGAGUUCACCGAGACAUAUUUAACGACAGUUUGGGACACGGCUCAUGUCGGAAUCUUCGAAACAUUCCUGUUUAACAAUGACCAUCAAAAAGUAGCAUUCCUGAAAGGAGCAGGGAAGAACAUUCGUCAGUUCAGAUUGCCAUCUGCUUGGAAAUGGGACAUGCAGUUCCGUGCUGAAGAUUUAUCGUUUUUUAAGAAUCCAUUAUAUGUAAUCACGCAUGAUGAGGAAUUGUCUGAAUCGUUGACGGAAUUACGACAAAUGUCAGUUUUAGGGAGAUGUUCUCAAAGAUCUAGGCACAAUACAUUGACUGGACCGCCAAAGGUUAAUGGCUCAUCAAAAAGCAGUACAGUUCAAAAUGGUAUCGACCAGUACAAUGUUUUAACUCCACUUUUUUCAGCUGCAUCACUUCACCUCUGGACGCAAUGUUUCUUGCGGUGGCAAAUGCCGGCACAAAUCUUUAGUGGUGGCACACCAUCGUUAUAUCUGCAACAGUGUCACAUGGUGGAGGAGAUAAUUCAGUUACAACACAAAGCAAAUCAACUUCAGCUGAAAAACACGUCUGCAGGAAUGUUUCGCCCGCGAAGUGACCUCAUUUUUGGACAUGAUCCCGAUACCCCAAAUAUAACUGAACUGUUAAACUCCACAGUCCUAACAUCAUCAUUCCCAUUUACCCCGGGAACGUCGAGCAAGGAUCAACAGAGAUUCACCUUCACGCCCACAAUUAGUACGUAUAUGAGAAACACGUCUUUAGACUUUGACCGAUUCCUUGACGCUGAUGACUAACUUAAUUAUAGAUAGGAAUGAUAUUCAAGAAUAAGUGAUCAACAAGACAUGUUACAGAAAAUUAAAUAGUGUUCGAUGAUACUUUGAUAUGAUUAUGUAAAUGUAAGUAUGAAAUACCAUAUCAACUGUUAUAGAAAAAUGAGAAAUCCAUCUGUUGUUUUAAAUGGGCAAACUUCCAUAGUUUCAUUAGAAAGUACAUUCCGAGGGCUGAGCGCAAGACUGUUGUAACUGUAUAUAAAUAUAAAACAAGCUAGAAUAGUUCCGUGUUCACUCCUCGAUUCAUAUGUAGGCAUAUUUCAAUAUAAAGGAAAACAAAUGUGACCCUGUGAGUUAUUUUUUGUAUACUGUGAAUUCAAUAUUUGUUGAGCUCAUAUUUUCAUGGAUUUUUGGUCAAUUCAAGAAACUAUUUGAAAAUUCCAAUGAAGAAGUAAAAUUUCCAUUUAUAUCUUGGUUCAGAAGUUUUAAUUCACACAUUUAUAUCCCCAUGGAGUAACCAAAACCUCUAGGUUAUAUGCCCAUAAAAAGUGAUUUCACAGACUCGCAGUAUUUACAAAAACAAUUCUUUUAGUCUCUAAUCUAUAUAGAAAAGCCCUUUAUGGUCUUAAUCUUGGAGUAAGGGCUAGGAUCAGUAAUAAAAAGAAUGUAACUACUCUUUAACAACGUAAUAAAAAAUGUCUGGUUGAAUAUUUUUAUUUAUUCAAAAAUCGAUACAUCAUGUUGUCUAUUGUCUGAUUUACAAUAGUUCAAAGUUGAGGUGGGCAGUAGUUGAACCGUGAGAGUGUUAGCCUGAGUGGUUAUAUAUCCAAGCAUCUCAACUAUGAACUGUAGUAUAUCAAAUGAUUAACAACGUCAAGACAUUAUUUAUUUUCAUUUUAACAUCCUCAUUAAAAUAUGAUGAUAAAUGUCUUUGGUAUGACGCGGCCAGGGAUCGAACCCACGACCUCCUGCACUCGAAGCAGGCACCCUACCACUAGGCUACCGAGGCGCUGUUUAUACAGUGCUUGCCUUCAUUCAUUGAUUAACUUAUUAAAAAAAUGCUUCCCUUCAUUCACUCAGUGAUGAAAAAAUUAACCAUGUUAGAAUGAUGAUUUUCUAUAUUUUACAGACAUUGCUGCCAGUUUCAUUUAGUAACAUUUGUUUGGAGGCAGUCCCUUCUCAUUUAUCAAAUAAAAUUAGAUUUUGUUAUUUUGAACGGGCUUAUUAUAGAAAGGAGUUUGUUUAAAUGGUCGCAUUGAAAGGUUAAAAACAUUUUAAGAAAUCCUGGAAAAUUAAAUCUUUAACAAUCUGCAAUAUGAGACAAGUGUGUUCAUACUUAAUUGGUGAAUGUAUACAGAGUUGUCCAUUGUAAGCUUUGUUGCUUUUCACUGUGGUGUGUGAUACAACCAGUUUAUGUCGACUAGGAUUUUCUUAAUUAUGUAUGUUGUUGCUGUUAAGGUAUCCAAUCCACAAAUAAGGUAUAUUUCUAUGCCUGGUGACCCCAUGUUUUUUUUUUGUUUAUUUAUUUAUUUUGUUGGGUUUAACGUCGCACCGACACAAUUUUAGGUCAUAUGGCAACUUUCCAGCUUUAAUGGUGGAGGAAGACCCCAGGUGCCCCUCCGUGCACUAUUUCAUCACGAGCGGGCACGUGGGUAGAACCACCGACCUUCCGUAAGCCAGCUGGAUGGCUUCCUCACGUGAAGAAUUCUACGCCCCAAAUGAGGUUUCAAACCCACAUCGAUGAGGGGCAAAUGGUUUGAAGUCAACGGAGGCCCCAUGUUUUUUUUUUUUGGUAUCGUUAGAAAGAAUUGUGUCUGCUGAACAAGAAUUAGUAAAUAAGAUGACCAUAAUAAUAUGUACAGAUCACUACUACUGUUUUUUGACUGCCAAAAUAAUAAAUCUGACACUGUAAUAACUGGGUUUCUGUUGAAGUAUCAUUGAAAACUAUAAAGUAAAAAAGUAAAUAUUAUAUAAAAUAUUUUUGUCAUGUAAUUUAUAUUUUCUUUUUUAGUAAACAAUACACUUUUAAAUGAUACCAAAAUUAUUUGAGCCUACCAGGCAUCAAUAUUUGAUAUAUUUUUUAUAGAACUUUCAUAUUUGGGGACUGGAUACCUUAAAAAGAAAUUUUAAGUCAGUUGUUUUUUGGGGCGUCUAUAAGUGUGAUGAUCCUAUUGGUGAUAUUUUGUUAUUGUCUAAAUCUGUUGCAUUUUUGUUAUUUUUUGAACGAGGCUGCUAACCCAAAAUAUCUAAGCAUGUCCUUUUAAAAUUAUGGAUUUGUAUCUUGUCACAUUUAUAUGAAAUCUUGAGCAGACAAAUCAAGUUUACAUUAAAACUGAAGCAGGUAAUUGCAGGUAACCUGUUCUGUUUUAAACUGGAUUAUUUAAAUUAAAUUAGUUCUGUGCUCUCCUGAGCUGAAUUCUUUUUUGAAUUAAGUAAAAUGUAUAGUUAUUUUUGGAAAGCAGUUUCAUUUGUUAUAUGCCAGUGUAUUUAAGGUUUUGUGAAGUUGUUCAUUUAAUUAGGUUACUUGAAACAAAAUUCUGAGGUGCUUUAAUAUUGAAUUAUGCUGUCAGAAUGUUGAUACUUCCUGUAAGCCUCUGACAUUGUUAAUUGGUGUAUUUUUAGCUUGUCUGAUUUUUUUUUAAAAAUCUAUGAGGUAUAGUAGUCACAUGAUCAUUGGUGUCGGCCUUCGUUAAAAUAUUUGGUUUGGUCCACUUUUUCUCAAAAACUAUAAGAGCUAAAGCUUUGAAACUUUGCACACUCUUUUAUCAUCAUUAGAUGACUAUGUAGGCUAAGAACCAUAACUCUUGUACGCAUUUUGUAAGAAUUAUGGCCCUUUUUUUACUUAGAAAAUCAGUUUUCUUUGUUGUUUUUUGUUUAAGUUCACUUUCCUUGAAUACUUACUGUAGAUUUGAGUAAGAAGGCUAAAAACUAUAACUUUUUUCUUACAUAUUAUCCAGUACUUGCAGAUGAGCGAUGGCACCAGCAGGCGGUGCUUUUGUUUUAACAAAUUUAUUAAUCAAGUAUAAACCGGUUAUUUAAGUUCUAUUGGAAAAAUGAAAUUUAAUUAAAGGCAAGAUCACUUGAACAGUUUUGUAUAUGUGAUUGUAAGUGAAAUUUGUUUAAAAGUUUAUAUUGUAAGAGUGAAUACUUAUGUUGAGUCAAUGGGAAAAAGAAAUCUGGUAUUAAACUUUUAAUGAUUUUAUAUACAGCUGCAAUGAUACUGAUAUUCAGACAACAAAUGAGCUGCGCCAUGAGAAAACCAACAUAGUGCGUUUGCGACCAGCAUGGAUCCAGACCAGCCUGCGCAUCUGUGCAGUCUGGUCAGGAUCCAUGCUGUUCGUUAACAGUUUCUCUAAUUGCGAUAGGCUUUGAAAGUGAACAGCAUGGAUCCUGACCAGACUGCGCGGAUGCGCAGGCUGGUCUGGAUCCAUGCUGGUCGCAAACGCACUAUGUUGGUUUUCUCAUGGCACAGCUCAAAUGAGAUGUUGUAUAAGUGAUUUUUAUUAUAUACCAGUGAAUUUUCUGUCUGAUGUCAUGGGAAUGAAAUAAAGCUGUUACAUAGUUUUGGUAAUACCACUAGUGUAAUAUGGCUUUGACGUUGAUGUCGUUUAAGUAUAGGAAACUUUGGUUGAAUUGACUUGGUUUCAGCAGGAAACACUUACAUGUGAUAAAAAGAAUGAUAUAUCUGUGUCUUUCCACAUUGAAUUUAUUAAACUUGUUGAAUGAAAUUGAUAAAAUGCUCAGCAGAGCCUCCUAUUUUAUUUUUUUAUUGAACUGCAUUCAACUCACGUAGGAUACUGCAAAAUAUUCAAUGGUGCGUUUACUUGCAUUAGUCAUGACAUUAGAGAUGAUGUCAAAAUGAUGUACUGGUAAUUAUGGUAUCACAACAUUUUAUGCAUCAAAAAGUUUCAAACUAGUUUAACAUUUCGUUUAGUCAGUUUUAGCUGAGAUUACACUAGAAACAGAUAGAGGUAUAUAAUAAAAGGAUCACUAAACUAGUCCCUUGAUGGGUAAUGAUGCAUUCUACCCUCGUGGAUCUUUGCCAGGUCUGAUAACACUUUGUGCAAGUACCUCGUGAUAUCCAGGCCUGGUGAAUUCCAUCCGAGACAAAUACAACAUUUCAGAUCAAAGAACUGUUAUAAUAAACCUAUUAAAAUCCAAACAUACCUGGUAUUCGUUGAACAUUCCAUAUUUGUUUAGUUGGACUUUCACGUACAUUACUAUGAGGUAACAUUUUCUUUCAUAACAGUAAACCUUUGUUUAUUCAAGCAGCUUACCUGUUUAAACCAGUCAGCUUGUACUUAACCUUUAGCCUGCUAAAUUUCUAAAAUGGACUGGUCUAUCAUUCAAUUUGAGCAGUACCAUUUAUCAUUCAAAGGGGUGUUCACUGAAAAUUUACUGACUGAAUAGCGAACAGCGCAGACCAUGAUCAGCCUGCACGGAUGUGAUUUUGGUCUGCACUGGUCGCAAAGGCAUAAUCAUUUGCCGCCAGCAGGCUAAAGGUUAACAGCCAAUCUUAUCCCGGCAGCUAACCGGAGUAGUUCAUUGUUUUAUCCAAAUGCUGCACUUUUAUGUUAUUUGUUUUUGCUGAAGAACAAAAAGAAUUUGUUGUAUAACGUAAUGUAUUAAAUAAGCAGUUUCUAGUAUCUUAUCCAGUUAAUUAAAAAUGGCGAAGGAGAUUAAAUAAAAAUAUACAAAUUCA